AUGCAACAGCGCACGGCGGAGAGUCCUAUGGACUUUACCUGGGACAAUCGCCCCAUGGAUGCGUCGUCCCCAUUUACACACUUGCAUGGGCUGAAACAACCCUCCUCCUUCCGCGAACCGAAUAACGAACCAUUCUUUUUCUCCAACGUCGCUCAACCUAGGCCACCGGUGUUCGGGCAGCCUGGAUUCACAACUCCUCAGAAAGUCGACCUCGACUUCUCGUCCGGUCCGCCGAGUCCAGCCACGGAUAAUGACAACGAUGAUACCCCAGAGCCCCCUGCCCGCGCAGACCGACGAGAUUCCCUAUUCAACAUGUUUUCAAAGGCAACAUCAAGCCCGGGCCGUGGCGUACCUGCAAAUAGAAGGCCCAACACAAAGAAAUUCUCGCACAAAGCUGGGCAAAGAAUUGAAAAGAGGAGAAACCAACAUAUUAUCCGUACAUUAGGUCUCGACGAUCCCGAGGAAAAGAAUGCACCACUCGACAAUAUGUCUCCAAAUGCAUCACAGAUACCGCCCAGGAGCGGAGUGUCGGGCUUCCUGUCGUACUUGGAAGAACACCCUGCGCUCCCGACCAUCCUCUCUUGGUGGUUUCAGCUACUGGUCAAUUUUGUUGUCGUUGCGGGGGCUUUCUACAUCUUGUAUCUUGCGAUUUCGUCUAUCGGCGACGAAUUUGAUUUGGCCGCCAAUGACAUGACUGCGGAAAUCUUGAUCGAGAUGAAAAAGUGCAGCGACAAUUAUAACGACAAUGGGUGCCAUGAGACGGCUGUUUCCCCUGUCCUUAAAAGCUAUUGUGAAGAAUGGUCGCGGUGUCUGAAGAGAGAUCCACGGAAGAUGGCCCGGGCUAAGCUGUCUGCUCAGACCAUGGCCGGGAUCAUCAACGGCUUCGUCGACGCCAUCAGUUGGAAGACAAUCAUUGUUUUUCUCGCCACCGUCCUUGUAGUUCUGCUUGGCAGCAAUUGGUCAUUCCGCACAUUCAGGAACCGCCAAGAAGAACGACGAUAUCAGCAGUCCAACCAACAGCACUACCCACCACCCUCGCAAAUCCAGAACAGCGGUCACUAUCCGUACAACUCCCAUUAUCCCCCGCAAACACCUGAAAACGACCGGUACUACCACCCCUCUGAUACGCGGUCUUUGGUUCAAACCCAGCCAGAGCAGCGCCUGAUUGGAGAUCUCCCGCUGUCGAAGUAUGUCACUGAACGUAGCCAAGAACGUCAAAACAAGGGGGCCCUAUCAAGCUCUUCUGAUGGCUGGCUCUAA